UCUAAGACCCGGACCUUCUUCUGCAAUGUGGCUUCUCCUUGCUUUCGUCUUGCUGGUGUCUGCAGCGCAGGAUGGCGACAAGGUGCUAGAAGGCGAGGAGUGUGUGCCCCAUUCGCAGCCCUGGCAAGUGGCUCUCUUUGAACGUGGCCGUUUCAAUUGUGGCGCUUUCCUCAUCUCCCCGCGCUGGGUGCUGACUGCCGCCCACUGCCAAACCCGCUUCAUGAGAGUGCGUCUGGGUGAGCACAAUCUCCGCAAGUUCGAUGGUCCAGAGCAACUGCGCUCCGUCUCUCGCAUCAUCCCACAUCCGGGCUACGAGGCUCGCACCCACCGCCAUGACAUCAUGCUGUUGCAACUUUUCCAACCUGCCCGGCUGACAGCCUACGUGCGUCCUGUGGCGCUGCCCAGACGUUGCCCCCUUAUAGGCGAGGACUGCGUGGUGUCAGGCUGGGGUCUGUUAUCAGACAACAACCCUGGAGCCACAGGGAGCCAAAAGUCACAAGUGAGACUCCCUGAUACAUUGCAUUGUGCCAACAUCAGCAUUAUCUCGGAAGCAUCUUGCAACAAGGACUACCCGGGUCGAGUGUUGCCCACCAUGGUGUGUGCCGGUGUCAAGGGCGGUGGCACGGAUUCCUGUGAGGGUGACUCUGGAGGACCCUUGGUCUGUGGGGGUGCCCUGCAGGGCAUUGUCUCCUGGGGCGAUGUCCCCUGUGAUACUACCACCAAGCCUGGAGUCUACACAAAAGUCUGCAGCUACUUGGAGUGGAUCUGGGAAAAUGUGAGAAGGUACUGACUCAUUGGCCCACCACCUACGACCCUCAUGGACCACCUGGGACUCUGAC